CCUUUAGCAAGCUAAGCUUGUUCGAGAAACGGCUAAGUUUAUAAGUUUACUAGUGCAAUCUGUGUAGUUAUGGACGUAGAAAACUCUGCUAAUGAGGGUAAUUCGAGUCCUAGCAACAAAGCCAAAGAACAUAACUCGGAAUCGAACCAUGUGAAUGGUAUAAACGGAUAUCCGGAGAAACAUAAAAGCCAUAAGUCUGAUCAUAAAGACAAACAUAGAGAUAGGGAUAAGGAUAAAGAUCGAAGUAAAAGCAAAGAACACAAAAGUUCUAGUAAAGAUAAAGAUAAAGAAAAAGAUAGACAUCACUCUAGUUCUAAGGACAAGGAUCGUCAUAGCAGUUCACAUAAGUCCUCCAGUAAAGAUAAAGACCGUAGUGAUCGUGAAAAGGAUAAACAUAGAGACAAGGAUAAGGAUCGUCACAGAGAUGACAAAAAAUCUAGUUCUUCAAAGGACAAGGAACACAAAAGUUCCCAUGAUAAAGAACAUAAAUCAAGUUCACGAGAUAAAGAUAGGGAGAAGGAUAAAGAAAGGCGUGAUAAAGACAAAGAAAAAGAUAAAGAAAAAGAUCGGGAUAAGCACAAACACAGUUCUUUGAGGGAUAAAGAUAAAGAAAGACAUAGCAGCUCAAAAGAUAAACAUAGAGACAAGGAAAAAGACAAACAUCAUUCUAGUUCAAGAGACAAAGAUAGAAAGGAUAAGGAAAGAAAAUCUGAAAAAGAAAAAAAUUCAGAUGAACAAAAGGUGAAAGUGGAAAUCAAGGAGGAACCAGAUUUGAAAAUCACUCAAAAUUAUAUUAAAGACGAAAAUAGUACUGAUGAUGAUGAUGACAAAUUGGUUAUAAAGGAUGAACCUCAGAGUCAGGACGAGGCAGAUGAAGCAAAUGUUUCGGCUGCGAGCAGUUGUGAUUACAACUUAUCACAAUUCAAGAAGGAGGAAUCCCAAUUUGAAAUGUCUGAAGAAGAGCAAGAUGAAAACUUUGAUGACUCCCAGGCUGAAGAUAAGGAUGAAUUGUUUGAACCUAAACAGGAACAGGAAGAAGAUAGUGAUGAAGACGUACCUCUGUCGGCACGAAUGAGUACAACAAGUAAAAGAAAAUUAGAUUCAGACGAUGACGAUGAUGUACCGUUAUUGGCCAGAAAGAAACCGAAGAAGGAAAAGAAGGAGAAGAGCAAGAAAAAGAAAAAACGAGAAUAUGAUGAUGAAAACGAGGAGGAAGAUUAUAAGCCUGAGAAAAAAGUAAAGAAGGAAAAGACAAAAGUUAAAAAGGAAGCUACUGACAGUCCCAAAAAGGGCGGCAAGAAAAAGAAAGAGGAGGAGGAACAGAAUGUCUGGAAAUGGUGGGAAGAAGAGAAGAAGGAUGACGGAAUUAAGUGGAAUUUCCUUGAACAUAAAGGACCAGUAUUUGCCCCACGUUAUGAGCCGUUACCUAGUAACAUUAAGUUUUACUAUGGUGGGAAAGAAGUGAAGUUAUCGGAAGCCGCGGAGGAAGUUGCCGGAUUCUAUGCAAGAAUGUUGGACCACGACUACACUACAAAAGAAAUAUUUAAUAAGAACUUCUUCAAGGACUGGAGGAAAUGCAUGACAUCAAAAGAACAGGCCCUAAUAACGGACCUGGAGAAAUGCGAUUUUAAACAAUUGCAUGCGUACUACAUGGACAUUUCUGAAAAAAACAGGAAUAGAACGAAGGAAGAAAAACAGAAACUGAAGGAACAGAACGAAGCUAUUAUGAAAGAGUACGGUUUCUGUACAAUUGAUGGGCAUAAGGAGAAAAUAGGGAAUUUCAAAAUAGAACCCCCUGGUUUAUUCCGAGGCAGAGGCGAGCACCCUAAGAUGGGAAAAUUAAAAAGGCGUAUUGAAGCGGAGGAUGUUAUUAUAAAUUGUAGCAAAGAUUCUAAAAUUCCAGAACCCCCGAAAGGGCAUAAAUGGAAAGAAGUCAGGCAUGUCAAUACCGUUACAUGGUUGGCCUCGUGGACGGAGAAUGUUCAAAAUCAAGUCAAAUAUGUAAUGUUAAACCCCAGCUCAAAACUGAAAGGCGAGAAAGACUGGCAGAAAUAUGAAACUGCGAGGAAAUUGGCCAAGAGUAUAGAUAAAAUCCGUUCGGAAUACCAACAAGACUGGAAAUCGAAAGAGAUGAAGAUUCGUCAGCGGGCCGUGGCAUUGUAUUUUAUUGAUAAACUGGCUCUCAGGGCUGGUAACGAGAAAGAUGAGGACCAGGCCGACACCGUAGGUUGCUGUUCGCUUCGUGUUGAACACAUCGAACUGCAUGAAAGAAAAGAUGACAAGGAUUACGUGGUGGUCUUUGACUUUUUAGGUAAAGAUUCCAUCAGAUACUACAAUGAAGUACCAGUAGAGAAACGUGUAUUUAAAAAUCUACAACUAUUCAUGGAAAACAAGAAGGAAGGUGAUGAUCUGUUUGAUCGGUUAAAUACGCAAAUUAUGAACAAACAUUUGAACGAACUGAUGGAAGGUCUCACAGCUAAAGUUUUCCGUACAUACAAUGCUUCCUGGACAUUGCAGCAACAAUUAGAUUUACUUACGACCGAGGAUGAUUCCGUAGCAGAAAAAAUCCUGUCUUACAAUCGUGCGAACCGGGCUGUAGCUAUUUUGUGUAACCAUCAACGUUCCGUGCCCAAAGGUCACGCGAAAUCGAUGGAAAAAUUGAAAGAGAAAAUCGAAACAAAAAGGGAGGCGAUAAGGGAUGCAGAGAGACAGUGUAAAGACGCGCAAAGAGAAGCAAAACACGGCAGUGUGAAAGAAAAGAUGAUAGCCGAUAAGAAAAAGAAGUUGUUGCAGCGAAUGAAGGACCAACUUAUAAAACUGGAAAUACAGGAAACCGACAGAGACGAAAACAAAACUAUCGCUCUCGGCACUUCCAAGUUGAAUUAUCUAGAUCCCAGGAUCAGCGUUGCCUGGUGCAAGAAAUACGACGUUCCCAUCGAGAAGAUCUACAAUAAGACCCAGCGCGAUAAAUUCAGAUGGGCCAUAGAUAUGGCUGGACCCGACUAUCGCUUUUAAAUUUACUUAAUUUUAUUGAUGCGGCUCGUAGAUCAUGUUUAUGACAGACAGUUAUAUGUCUCCAAAUUGAGGAAAACCAGUAGAAGAUUUAUAUUUUAAGUUUAAAUUAUUUAUAGUGAUGUUUAAAAUUUUCAUUUUAUCUAGUGAACGAGUUGGAUGUGCAUGUGAGAAUGAUAUAAAAUAUCUUUUGUACAAAUAAAUAGUAUCAUUUAUAUAGUUACAUCUUAUCAAUUUUCGGAACAAUUCCUCUCAUUGUUAUUUGUAUUUUUAUUUACGAAGUGAAAGUUGGGGUAUUAAUUAUUUUUUAUGUAAUUGACCAAUUUUUUAGUUGUUUAAUUAUAGUGAAUCAUUCGACAGCAUUGUAGUAAUCUGUAUAUUACAGAUUGUAUUAAAUAAAGACUAAAUGUAAAUAUAAUU